AUGAAGAAAGGCUGGAUGGAACUGGAAAACAAUAACAGCAAGAUGGGGAUUUCUCCGGCAUUUGAGGAGAAGGAGGUUAUUGAUGUUAUUAGGAGUAAUAACCUUGGUAUUUGUGCUGUGGUGGAAUCUCAUGUCAAGGUCUUAAAUCUUAAAAAUGUUUGUGUUAAGACUUUUGGGCAGUGGGAUUGGGUUUCUAAUAAUAAUAGUUGUAAGGCUGGUACUAGAAUUAUAGUGGGGUGGAAUCCUAGACUUUUUGAUGUGAUGAUGAUUUCUCAAUCCAAGCAGGUUAUCCACUGUUAUGAUGUUGGCAUGUAUUUGUCUUUUAUAUAUGCUGCUUCGAAUUAUCUUGAAAGAAGAUUGCUUUGGGAUAAUUUGAAGAAACAUAGCUUGGUUGUUAAGAAGGAAGCUUGGGGUUUAUUAGGUGAUUUUAAUGUUGCUUUAAAACCAUCGGAAUAUUCUGAAGGUUGUUCUAAAACCCCCAAAGGAGUUGAAGAUUUUGUUGAUUGUUUAAGUUUUAUUGAAGUGGAGGACCUGAAUUCUUAUGGGUUUCAGUUUACUUGGAACAAAACCCCUGCUGGGAAUAAGGGUCUUUUGAAGAAGCUUGAUAGAGUUAUGGUCAAUUUGAAAUUUAUUUCAGAUCAUCCUUUAGCCCAUGUUGUUUUUAAACCAUAUAGAAAUUCGGAUCAUUGUCCAGCUAUUUUAAAUUUACCUGUUGAUAAAGUGAAAUGGAAGCCUUCUUUUAGAUUUGCUAAUUUUAUUGCUGAGAAGGAGGAGUUUUUACCUUUGGUUAAGGAAGUUUGGGAUAUUAAUAUUGAUGGUUUCUUUAUGUUUAAAAUUAGGGAAGAGCAUGCUAAUAUUCUCUUUGAUUUUAAUGUUGCUUGUAAUGAUGAAGAAAAACUUCUUGCUCAGCGUGCUAAGAUUAAAUGGUUACAGGAAGGGGACAAUAAUUCUAAGUUUUUUCAUAGAAUUGUGAAGAGUAGGGGUAAUAGUAAUCGUAUUCAGAUGGUUCUGGAUGAAGAUGGAAGAUGGGUUAGUGGGAAGGCUAUGAAAGAUAAGUUUGUUUCUCAUUUUAAUAAGGUUUUGGGUUGUAAAGAAGUUACUGAGCUGUCGGGAUUAAAUGAUGAUUUUUUUCAUAAAAAAUUGGAUAGUAGGGUGGCUGUUAAUAUGAUUAGAGUGGUGUUUGAUAUAGAUGACAAUCGUGCCCCUAGCCCUGAUGGGUAUUCUUCAAAAAAUUUUAAAAGUUCUUGGAACAUAGUUGGUCCAGAGGUGUGUAAGGCUGUAAGGGAAUUCUUUUGGUCUGGAAAAUUGUUGAAGGGGAUCAAUGCUACGAGAAUAGUUCUAGUUCCUAAAGUGGAGGUUCCGAGGAAAGUUUCUGAUUUUAGGCCUAUAGCUUGUUGUAAUACUUUUUAUAAGUGUAUCAGUAAGAUUAUAGUGAACAGGAUCAGAAAUUGUUUGGGUGAUAUUGUUAGCAAAAAUCAGUCAGCUUUCAUUCCUAGUAGAUCUAUUUUGGACAAUAUUCUCCUUGCUCAGGAGCUGAUGGGAUUUGGGUUUUAUCCUGUUAUGGUUCAGUGGAUUAUGGCUUGUGUUUCCUCUCCGUGGUUCAUGCUUAAUUUUAAUGAGAUCAUGGGUAUUUUGAAGGAAAGAGAGAAUUUUAAGUUCCAUAGUAAGUGUAUGGCCCUCAAUAUUUCCCAUUUAUGCUUUGCUGAUGAUCUGUUGGUUUUCUCUUAUGGUAACGGGAAUUCGGUUAGAAUUAUAAGGGAUGCCCUUGAUGAAUUCAAAAAGGUUUCAGGGUUGAAGUGGGUGAGAAUCAAUUAUAUAGGUAGCAAAAAUUUUUGGGAUAUUUUGCAGAAAAAGAGUAUGAGAUGGACGUGGAAAAGGUUUUUGGAGAUAAGGAAAAUUUUUAGGCCUUAUAUUAUUUCGUGUGUGGGAAAUGGGAGGAACACAUCUCUAUGGCAUGAUUGGUGGCACCCAAUUGGUAUUCUUAGUACUAUUUUAUCUAGAAGAGAUUGGGUUAGCAAUGGGUUUAGUGAUUCAUCUUUGGUCAGUGAUGUUCUUGAUUUUGAUACUUAUUCCUGGCCGGUUGAAUGGGUUAAUAAAUUCCCUGGAUUGAAAGAAGCACCCAUGUUUUGUAUUGAUUCUAAUAUGAGUGAUGUUGCAGGUUGGAGGGAUAAGAAGGGUGUAUGUAAAAAAAUUUCAUGUAAACAGGUGUGGAAGGAUAUAAAUAACUUUGGAAAUAAAGUUCCUUGGCAUGAUAUUGUUUGGAUCGGCUUAGAGGAUGGGAAGUGGAUGUUAUGCAGCUUGCUUAAUUUGAAGUCUGCUGAGAAUUUGAUUAUUAAAUGUAUGCUUGCUAGCAGUGUUGCUCACAUUUGGAGGGAGAGAAACUCUAGACUUUUUAGUUCUAGAAGUAAUUCGGUUGAGGGGGUGAUAGCUAGUAUUGAAAAUGAGAUUCGGUUAAAGCUGUUGGGUUUUAGGAAAAGGGCUAAAAUGUGGAGGAAGUUUAAAGUGGGUGAUCCUUUUGUUGGAAUUUGGUGGGGGUAUUUUUGGAAUAAGUGCUUAUACAAAGGAAUUGACGGAAUAUGUUACUGGUUGGAGAAUUUAUUCUCAAAUCAUAAUGGAGUGGUAAUGGAUGGUGUUGGGCAAGAGCUGCAAGAAGUUGAAGGAUCCCUUGUUGAUGACUAUGAGGAGGAAGGAGAAUAG